UCCCUCCGUUUUCCCCUGGACUCCCCCCUCCUCUCUGGUCUAUAAGUGGCAUUUAAAGGCUCCGAGAAUCAGCUGGAAUGCUUUCCGUAUUAGUUCAGCGUUGUGUUCCCAGCCAGCUUGCAGACAUUCAGGAAACUGUUCCUAUCCAGCGUACAGAGCGCCGGGAGAUCAGUCCCAUCCAGCGUACAGACAGCUGGGAAAUAAGUCCCAGCACACGUACAGACAGCCGGGAGAUCAGUCCCAGACAGCGUACAGACAGCCGGGCAGUCGGUCCAAGCCAGCGUGCAGAAAGCAGGGGCAGCUGAUCCCAGCCAGUGAGCAUACAGCCUGGAAACCAGUCCCAGACCCUCAGAAGCUCAGGAUGGGAACAGAGGAGAAGCCCUGGGCCGUCAGCACAGCCCCUAAUCCCCCGGCCACCGCAGCGCAGCCAGACAAGCCUAAGAUGAAGAACAAGUCGGACAAGGAAGCCAAAACGGCCCAGCAGGAAGAGGCCCACAAGUGCUGUGGUUGCCGUUUCCCUCUCCUGGUAGCUGUUCUCCAGCUGGCCCUUGGAGUGUCUAUCACAGUGGUAGCCUUCCUAAUGGCCGGGAGCUGCUCCUCACUGCUAGUCAGAGACACCCCUCACUGGGCUGGGAUCAUUGUGAGCACAGUGGCCAUACUGGGUUUGUUCCUGCUAUGUCUGCCAUACCAACCCUAUGAGAAGACAUCGUGUCAAUUUGCCCUGAAAUUAACGUACUUCUUGCUCAACACCCUCAGCCUGAUUAUCUGUGUCAUGGCCGCGGCGUUUGCGGCCUAUCAUUACUCCCUCAUUAAACAGUUCACGUGUGAGAUGGCUGCUGAUUCUUGCCAUUGUACGCUGGACUUGUCGGAUCCCUUGAGUCGGACCAUCCUGUACCAGGACGUGGCAGACUGUAACACCAUCACCAGUACCAUCAUGCUCUUUGUGCUCCUGCAGAUGACCUUUAACCUGUUGCUGGCUCUGGUGUGUCUUGCAGCGUGCUUUGUAAUGUGGAAAGACAGAUACCAAGUAUUUUACGUGGGCUUAUGGCCCCAGGGGCCCACCACCAAUGAAAAACCACAACAAAAAGUAUAGUGUUUAGCGCACAGGCCGCAUUGCCUCCAAUAUUCUAUCCUGCAACACACCCUUUACAAAUGGCGGUGUAAAACCACACGCACAAUCACUGGCCACAAACUGGCAACCUAUUGAUGGGCCUGGCUACUCAAGAUUCACUGUUUUUGUCAAUUAAAUCCCCCUAAAUCAUAAUAAAACUAAAAUAUAUUUAGGGCCCACAAAACAAAGAUUAUUUCUUAUAAAAUAAUUUCUCAAUGUGACAUUUGCUCAUUAGGCUGUUAUUCGUUCAGAACGUUCAACCUUAUUCUGGGAAGUAAACAAACUCGGAGAUUUACUAAAGUGGGAAUUCAGAGUGCAUUUCAAAGUAAAUUGUUCCAGUUCGGCUAUUUUGGUCUGGGAUCCACUUUGAAUUCUCACUUUACCCCAAGCUGUAUGUGACCAAGCAAUCUAACUCCCCGGACAGCUGCCCCCACCCUCAGUCUUUGUAAAUGGUGGGGGACUAUUAUUCUCACGUAGACACAGCUAGAUUAACGGGGUCAUUUACUAAUGUGAGAAUUGUAGGAAAUUCUAGUUACAUUUCAAAUUUAAGGCCAAAGUAGAUGCUUUGGAAACAUUUUCUACGUCAGCUGUGCUUCAGCUUUGCCCAUUUUGUUCUAAAAUUUGAGAUUGAUUUUGAAUUCUGACAAUUCUCACGUUCGUGAAUAGCCGUUCCAGACUCUGUUAGACCAGUGUGAGUUUCUCCUGUGAUGUUAAGGUUUUCUGUAAGCUGCUGUGAGCUACUUUUAGCCCCACUGUGUCUGCUCAGAUGGUCAGACCUGAUUUCGAUGGAUACCCGCUGUACUUUUUUUCAUGGACCAACAUAAUAUACAACAUGGUAAUAUAUAGGGGCCAUGUAGGAAAUGUCUCUAACAAAGCCAUUUCUGGUAAAGUGAGUAUAAUCCGGCGCUGUUAAUAGUCUGUGCUUUCCCGAGCAGAGGAUACGUGAGAUCACAUGCAAUAUUAUAAGGAUGACUUCAGAGUAUAAUCCUCUAUCACGUGAAAAUCAGCUUUAAUAUGUAUCAUUCACGGGUGAAGGGUCUGCAGAUUAGCAGUUGCCAAAAUUACCCUAAUGGGAGAGUCUGUGAACGGGGAGGAAUGCACAGAUGUCCGGUUACAAUGAGAUAGGGUAACGUGUUACUGGACACAUUGGGGCUUAUUCACUAAACACCAAACUGUAGUGAAUUAAAGAUUGAAUGAUAAACGUUAGGAUAAGAUAGCCACGCUGUGACUUCAGACAAGCUGGAGACUUUUACCAGAUCAGCAAACAUGAUUAUCAUUUUCCGUUCACUAAUAUUAACAGCGUAAUUUACUGAAUGGGGAAUUCAAAGAGAGCGGAAAGUGAAUUUCAAAUUCAAGUCCAGAUUAGCUGAUCAGAAAACAUAGCUGAUCUACAGAAUUAUUACAGCUUUUUUUACCUUGAGUUAGAAAUUCACCCCGAAUUCUCACUUUACUGAAUAACUCUGUCCGUGUGAUGUAAAACCCACCAUUUAUCCAAGCAGGUCGCUGCCACUGGUGACCAACGGCACAUAAAGGGUUAAACAAUAUUUGUCACUGUAUAAAUGAGUGAGUAAACACUCAGAGAGGGAGAAGAGUUUUUUUCUGAUUAUUAAUAAAUCUUUUUUGUAUUAAAAUGUUCACUAGGAUUAAAUCGUUGCCCCAAGUGCACAACCCUCAAUCACUCGUCAGUCCACCACUCGCGGCACGCUCAGAAAAUCAAACAAUGCUUUGGUGUAAAUGUUGAGAAUUCUCACCGCAGUCAGUGGUUGAUUGAAUAUAAACCUGAAUCUUACCUUUCUACAAAAUCGAGUUUACACUAUUGGUGCAUAUUAGUUAGAAAGCACAAGUAUGGUAGGUGUUACAAUGCCCCCCUUGUUAUAUUGUAAUGACAAUGCUAUUUCGAGGAGGAAGUCAACAUGGUUCCUGUAUUAAUCAUUGUAUUGAUCAUCGGGCAAUUUGGGAAUAUUAUCACAGAGCUGGGUCUGUGUUUCAGGACACCCCAAAUCUCCACGCUGGAAUCUCUUUGCUUGACAAUCAGGAUAACGUGGUAAUUUUAAACCACGUGGACUUUUUAAA